GUUACCAAAAUGCAUUGGGCUGGCCCUCCUUUUGGGAGGUGCGCAGAAGAGUGGAAAGAGUUCAAAACAAGGAAGCAACAUGUAAUGGAGAAGAAGUCCUUUGGUUGUCCAGCCUAGAGGGGGGCUGGCGUGUGAUUAUUUGUUUUUGUAAGGCUAUAUUUGGCUUAACAUUUCUUCUUGGCUCGGCUGCACACAUGGAUGAUAGUAAAGUAGCUGGAGGCAAAGUGAAAAAACCAGGUAAACGUGGCCGUAAACCAGCCAAAAUAGAUUUGAAAGCCAAACUUGAGAGGAGCCGGCAGAGUGCGAGGGAAUGCAGGGCAAGAAAGAAGCUGAGAUACCAGUACCUGGAAGAAUUGGUUUCGAGCAGAGAGAGAGCAAUCUGUGCUCUGAGAGAAGAGUUGGAAAUGUACAAGCAGUGGUGCUUGGCAAUGGACCAAGGAAAAAUCCCCUCUGAAAUUAAAGCCCUACUCAGCGGAGAAGAGCAAAGCAAACCCCAGCAGAAUGUGGCCAAGGCGGCCAAAGCGGCCAAGGCUGAUGCAAACAGUCACAGUUCCUGGUGAAGAUCAAUCAGCUGAGAUUGAAGUCCAUAUUUAAAGCAACAACAACGAUUUGUGGGUUUUAUGUUAACCCCUUCCAUGGUGACAGUGUCUGGUCAUGCUGCUGCUGAGGCUUCAAAGAACUUGAUAGUUGAGAUGAAUCACCAAAAUAACCUGAUGGAAAACCAGUGGAAUUAAAUCUACAACUUUUAAAAAUUCAGUUUGUUAUAUAACUACAGCAUAUAUGUAUGUAGAAAUGUCUGCUGUAACAAUGAAGGAAAUAUCUAGACUUGUGUUAUAAUUGCUUUUAGGGUUUAUGGUUUAUGUGUUUGAUUUUUCUGUUUAUUAUUCAUAGGAGUGGUUAUUGAAUAAAAUGUGCAGCAAAGGAUUAGGUCUUGACAUUGAAGUAGUAUAUGUGUAUGGUAUUUAUUUGUGGUCCAUGUUGUCAUACUAAUCCCCAUUUCCCAUGGUGGGCUGCAAAAAUGUAAUGAUUUUACACUUUUGUUAUUUCUGAGCCAAUGUAGCAUUGUGGUUAAGAAUAUGACCUGUGAACCAGGAAGUCCUUGGUUCAAAUCUUGCCUCUGCCAUGAGCUCACUUGUUGGCCUUAGGCAAGCUCACAUUAUCUGCAAUUAGAGUGAUAAUACUGGCCUAUUUUGUACAGGACUGUUGCAAAUAUGCCUGAUAUCACAUCUGAGAUGCAUUUUUAAGUACUCAAAAAGAAACAGUUGUGGAUGCUUUCCUAUGCAAAACUCCAUGCAAGUAGAAAACUAGCACAGGUGGGGGUGGGCAUGGGCUGGAACACUUCUUUGAUGUGCUAGGUAUCUGUUUGCUUUUUUGUACAAAAACUGUGUCUCUUGUCUACUAUCUAUAAUGUUACAAUCUGUUCUCUCACCUCAGUAUGCUGCAUGUGUAGUUUCCUAGAGAGGCAGGGAAAUAUAUGUAUCAAAAUAGGAGGGACGCUUUCCCCCCCAUUUUCCAAUCAGCUUGCAGAAUUAAUGGUCAGGUGUUCUCCUUGCUAUUGCAGGGCAGCCCAGUUAACAUUGCUUCCCACCCUCCAUUUUGCUCACUUAGCCAGGGAUCAGGGAUGGCACUACGUCUGCUGAGCAACUUUUCUGAGAUUCUCCCAUACUCAUCAAACUCAGGUGCAAGCUACAUUAACAACCCCAGUACAUCCUUUGUCCUUUGGGACAAUGUCACUGUCCGCAUAUUGGCAGACAGCAUGGGGAACCAAUCUUGCACCAGAUCACCCUCCUCUGAGGAGCACAGAGUGGUGAAUGCAUCCAACAUAGUGACUUAAACAUACUUUUGGGAAAAAUCCAUCACACUUGUGUGCCCUAUUCCACUGAUUGAGAAUCACUGUUCCCAAUUUCAGUUGGGGCAACAGGCUAUCCUGAUCUCAUUCAGGCAAUGUCAUGGCCACCUGCAGUUACGGGAGUCUCGAGCACCACAGGCAGCAGGUUUAGCCAGCCAUAGGUUAAUUUAAUUUGACCACUUGAAUUAAUUACAUCUUUCAAGGGUUCAUUGUGAAAUGAGAUGGCCUGUGUUAAACUGUAGUGAAACAAUCUCUUUGAAAGUAAAAUGCCGCCAUAGUUGUUUUUGAACAUGAGAUUACUUUAGCUUCAGAUUACUUUAGCUUGUGUGUCUGUUUAUACCAUGCUUGUUAAUGCAAUCUUUUUUCCUUUCUCCAUGCAGUCAAGCAGCAGCUUUGUAAAGGGGAUGGCAUUUCCCACCUGGCUAGCUGCUGGAGAAAGAGAGGAAUAGAAAUGGUCUGUCCAGCACUCAUAACAUUGACUUUUCCCUUACUGAGUUGAGCACAUUUAUUGAGGGGGAGGGAGAAGGAUGUUUUUGCAGCAUAGUGAAUAGAUAUGUAUAACUGCCUGACCCCAUUCUGGAUUUUUGAUGCAUGGUGUCCUGCAGACUCCCUCUGUAGCCUGACUGUAACGUCGUCCAUCAGAAAGUGAAAAUCUUAGUCUCUUACAAGCUGAUGUCACUCACAUAUGUUUGCUUUGAAGAAACUACUUAAAUUAUUGUAAGAUUCUGAAGUCUGUUCUCUUUGUUAUGUAUUAAAGUGGAUGUAACUUCA